AUGGUCAUGGACUACUCCAAGUGGGACAAGCUAGAGCUGAGCGAUGACUCCGACAUCGAAGUCCACCCAAAUAUCGACAAGAAGAGCUUCAUCAAAUGGAAGCAGCGCGAUAUUCAUGAGAAGCGCGAGCAGAGAAAGCAGCAAAUCGCGCUAUAUCGCUCAGAAGUCACAAUGAAUAGCGCAUUGAAGGGGCAUAUUGAAUCAUUGAUGCAUGCGCUCAAGGAGCAAAGCAGCAAGGAAGCACCUGCAACCAUUGUCGCUCAGUAUAUGCAGAGCCUGCCUUCAGAACCGCCAUCGCCCGGCGCAACCAGCUAUCGCGAGAUGCUGGAGAACCUCCUCAAACAACUCGAUGUGGAGGUGGCACCGAUCCGCGAACAAGAUCGCGCUUCCGCCCUUUCGCAUAAACUCUCUAUGCACCGUGACAAGUUGCUAGGUAUUGUCUCUAAGCGUGAGGGUGAGAUUCGCAAGUUGGAGGAAGAGGACAAGCAUAAAAUCACGUCAGAGGGACUACGCGAUGGCUUCAACUAUUCGAGUGUGACGAAAGUAGAGCCUGAAGCGCCCAUCAAGGAGUCCUUCCUCAAGAAGCAUCCAGUCAAGCAAAAGCCAGUAGAGAAAGGAAAAGAAAAAGCCAAGUUGCAAGCGAUUGAGACGUUGAAUCCACAUGCGACUCCUGCAGAUAUUGCAAGAGAUCAAGAUGUGAGUGCAGGCUAUGAAGCGGAUUCAGAUGUCGAAGUGGAGGAUGCAGAAGACUUGCCGGAUCAUAUCGAGCCUUCCGCUGUGGGUCGUGAGUUUGGCCAAAUUGCCACAGGUGAUUACGAUGCAUCGCUCAAGUUUAUUGGCAAGCACAGCAAUAUCUUGCGUGAUGAGACUGAAACGGAUGGUCUACUCAUUGAUGCGUACUACGCAGAAAUCAAGGGCAAGUCAGUACUGGCAAAGCAAUACAUUCAUCAAGGCUUGCUCCUGCAAUAUUGCCGUCAACUGGGACGUGAUGGGGUUGGGCUCUUCUUCUCAAGGAUGAAGGAUAAGCAGCACCGUGCAUCAAAGCUCUUCUUAGAUGAUGUCGAGCAGACGUAUGGCCGCAUCAAGGUGCGUGCUCAAGAGGCCAUUGAGGAAGACGCAAAACUUGCACAAGGUGGCGAUCAUGAGCCCGGUGUGCAGAUACAGCUGCAUGCCGUUGACCCAGGCACGCAAAUCACGAUCCAAGUACCGCCUGCAAAUCACCCAGAUGCAGAUAUCCAAGCGUGUCGUGCCAUCUUUGAGAGUUUUCCGCCAAAUUUGCAAAAAGCACUCGAGAGUGGCAAGCUGGCUGACAUCAAUAAAGUGCUGGGCACGAUGCAAGUGGAAGAAGCAGAGCAAGUGGUCGAGUUGCUUGGAGAAGGUGGCAUGCUGGCCAUUGAGGAGGAGAUUCUGGAUGCCACCAAGCCAGACUUCAAGAUGCCAGAGCGCAUCGCGAACACGCAGGCUGGGGCUGAUGCAGAGUCAAGCAAGACUGGAGGGGAUACCGGCGUGAGUGCCGUGGACGACGUUGACUAG